AUGACCGACAAUAAAACAAGUACUUUUUCUGCUGGUACUUGGGGAAGAAGCAAUACCACAACUGGUAACAAAACUUUUUCAACAACAACCUCAUGGACCAAAAAUACCACAACUCAGCCAGAACAGCCACAAGGAUACGGAGGCAACGACCAAGUUGCUCAAUGGACAACGCAAAAAGGUACAUCAGGCGGUUACAAGAGAGCCGCUGCCGGUGAAGGUGAUUCAAAAACAAAGACAACAGGUUUUGGUUCCGGAUCAUCUUUCACUUCAGGCUCAUCAUUUAAAGGCGAACCAGGUACAGCAUGGGGUGCUUUGAAACGUGAAAUCGACAAGAAGAACCAAGGCCGUGGAGGCGCAGGAGCUUCUUCUGGAUUUGGUGCAUCAAGAAGCGCUUUUGGCUCAGGAACAUCUUCUUUUGGAGCUAGCAGAACAGGGUUCGGUUCAUCAACUAGUUCAUCGUUCGGUGCAAACAAAAGUUUUGGAACAACUUCUUCUUUUGGAGCAAAUAGAAGCACAACAACCACAGGUACAACAUCUACAUUUAAAUCAUUUGGAACAGGUUCCACUACUAGUUCUUUUGGUAAGUUUGGAGCUGCAAAAACUGUUCAAAUUGUUGGAGAAUACAGAACAUCUCGUGGUCAACCAUUUUUACAAUACGAUAUUAAUCUCGAUGGACCAAACAACGAACCAGUUACAUAUUCUCUAAAACAUAUUUGUGCAAUUCCAAGAUACAAUAAAUAUCCUGUUGAAAUGCUUCGUUGGUUCGAUUACGUUAUAGGUGGUGGCAUUACCUACGUAAAUCCAAAUCCUAAGGAUACAAAAAUAGGCUUUGGAAGUACUUCUACAACCAAUAAAUUCGGAACAGGCUUGGGUGCAGGAAUUACUCAAAAAGAGUUCAUCGAUAUGACUCCUUGGAAACUCGACCUCCAAUACAUUAAAAUGGGAACGGCGCCAGAAGAUAUUGAACAUCCAUACGGAACUCUUCCUUCAACAGACAUUCCACAGGAACAGCCUCCUAUCAAAUACGAAGAAGAAGAGGAAGUGAAGGUUGUUGCUCGCGGAUUUUACAGAAGUAACAAAUUAUUCGAUAAAAUGCGCGAUUACGUUGGAAGAUCUCAUACUCCAGGCCUUGUACAGCUUGUUUCAAAGCAAUACGUAUCUGCAAACUAA